CCCGCGCCCGGGGAGCAUCGAGGGCUCGCCUGGCGGAGCUUAGCGCAGCUCGCUCGGCGCUGCCAGCAAGCGGGCGGGGUGGACACUGGGCUUCUGUGUGCCCGCCGCAGCCGUUGGCUGGCGGGCGCCCAAUCCCGGGGCAUGCCGCCCGAGCCUGGCCGGGACGCACCGUGAAAGACCAGUUUGGGGGAAGGCUUGACCCCCGGCGGCCCGCAGAAGCCGGCGUCCGGAGCCCAGGCGGCCGGGCCGCUGCGAUCGGGCUUGUGGGGCUGCAGCUGCGGGGGCCCGCCGGGCACCCCCGGGCUCAGGGGGAAGGAGAAGGCAUGGCUUCAGUGUUCAUGUGCGGAGUGGAGGACCUGCUCUUCAGCGGCAGCCGCUUCGUGUGGAACUUGACCGUGUCCACGCUGCGGAGAUGGUACACGGAGAGGCUGCGGGCUUGCCACCAGGUGCUGCGGACGUGGUGCGGGCUGCGGGAGCUGUACCAGAUGACGGAAGGCAGGCAGUGCCGGGUGCACCUCCUGGAUGACCGGAGGCUGGAGCUGCUGGUUCAGCCCAAACUUUUAUCAAGAGAGUUGCUGGAUCUCGUGGCUUCUCAUUUCAACCUCAAAGAAAAGGAGUACUUUGGAAUCACGUUUACAGAUGACACGGGUCAGCAGAACUGGCUUCAGCUAGACCACCGAGUCCUUGACCACGAUUUACCCAAGAAACCAGGCCCAACCAUCUUGUACUUCUCUGUGAGGUUUUACAUUGAAAGCAUAUCGUUCCUGAAGGAUAAAACCACGGUGGAGCUGUUUUUCCUGAAUGCAAAGUCCUGUGUGCACAAGGGGCAAAUCGAAGUAGACAGCGAAACUAUCUUCAGGUUAGCGGCACUCAUUUUACAGGAAGCCAAAGGGGAUUACACCAGUGAUGAAAAUGCCAGGAAAGAUUUAAAGACACUUCCAGCUUUUCCAACCAAAACUCUGCAGGAGCAUCCCUCCCUUGCUUACUGUGAGGACAGAGUAAUUGAACAUUAUUUGAAAAUCAAAGGUUUGACUCGGGGUCAAGCUGUCGUUCAGUAUAUGAAAAUAGUAGAAGCUCUGCCAACCUAUGGAGUCCAUUAUUAUGCAGUAAAGGAUAAACAAGGACUUCCUUGGUGGCUUGGAAUCAGCUAUAAAGGAAUUGGCCAGUAUGAUUUGCAAGAUAAGGUGAAACCUCGGAAAUUAUUCCAAUGGAAACAGCUGGAGAACUUAUAUUUCCGUGAGAAAAAGUUUGCUGUUGAAGUUCACGAUCCACGGAGGAUUUCAGUAUCCAGAAGAACCUUUGGACAGAGUGGCCUAUUUGUGCAAACGUGGUAUGCGAACUCCUCUCUCAUCAAGUCCAUCUGGGUAAUGGCAAUUAGUCAACAUCAGUUUUACUUGGACCGGAAGCAAAGCAAAGCAAAAAUCCCUUCAGCUAGGAGUUUAGACGAUAUCGCAAUGGACUUGACGGAGACAGGAGCACCAAGGGUCUCCAAACUGGUAACACUCGAGGCAAAAAGCCAGUUCAUUAUGGCAAGCAACGGCAGUUUAAUUUCCUCAGGUUCUCAAGACUCAGAAGUCAGUGAGGAGCAAAAGAGAGAGAAGAUCCUUGAACUCAAGAAGAAGGAAAAACUGUUGCAAGAAAAGCUCCUGAAGAAAGUUGAAGAGCUUAAGAAGAUCUGUUUGCGGGAGGCUGAGCUCACAGGCAAAAUGCCCAAGGAGUAUCCUCUGAAUGUAGGUGAGAAACCUCCUCAGGUCAGAAGGCGUAUAGGUACCGCGUUCAAAUUAGAUGACAACCUGCUGCCAACUGAAGAGGAUCCUGCUUUGCAAGAACUGGAGAGCAAUUUCCUAAUACAGCAAAAGCUGGUUGAGGCUGCGAAGAAGCUUGCCAGUGAGCCCGACCUUUGCAAAACCGUGAAGAAAAAACGAAAGCAAGAUUACACGGAUGCAGUGAAAAAGCUUCAGGAGAUUGAAAAUGCUAUAAAUGAGUACCGCAUUAGAUGUGGAAAGAAACCCAGCCAGAAAGCAACAGUUAUCUUACCAGAAGACAUCAUCCCAUCAGAAAGUAGCUCCUUGUCUGACACUACCACCUAUGAUGAUCCCAAUGAUACCUUCACUCUUGCUGGGCAGCGAUCAAGUUCAGUACCUCAUUCUCCAAGAAUUCUUCCUCCCAAGUCUCUCGGUAUUGAGAGAAUUCAUUUCAGAAAGUCAUCCAUCAAUGAACAGUUUGUGGAUACCAGACAGUCCAGAGCUAUCAACUCAUUCGACAUGAUGCCCUUUUCCCUUAUUUCAGCCCUCUUUUCCUUCUUUGUCCUUAGCAAGCUUGCCUCUCUCUCCUCUUUCAGACCCGAGCCUUCGUCUCAGCACUGCCGCCAGCGAAGUGGAAGCCUCGAGUCUCAGUCUCACCUGCUCUCCGAGAUAGACCACGAAAAGCCAUUUUUCUCCCUCUCCAAAUCCCAAAGAAGCAGCAGCACCGAAAUCCUGGAUGACGGAUCUUCCUACACUAGCCAGUCGAGCACGGAGUAUUACUGCACCACGCCCGUGGCCGGUCCCUACUACACCACCCAGACGCUGGACACUCGCUCCCGGGGUCGCAGAAGGUCCAAGAAGCAGAACGUCUCAACUUCCAAUUCGGGAAGCAUGCCCAACCUAGCACACAAGGAUAGCCUGAGGAAUGGCGUCUACUCCAAGAGUCAGGAGCAGCCUUCUUCCAGCUACUACAUUGCCGGGUACACGCCCUACGCGGAGUGUGACGUCUAUUACGCCGGCGGCUACGUCUACGAGAACGACACGGAGGGACAGUACAGUGUGAAUCCUUCCUACCGGUCGUCCGCCCACUACGGAUACGACCGCCCAAGGGACUGCAGCAGGUCCUUUCACGAGGACGAGGUCGACCGGGUGCCCCAUAACCCGUAUGCCACACUCCGGCUGCCGCGGAAAGCUGCCGCCAAGUCCGAGCACAUCACCAAAAACAUCCACAAGGCCUUAGUGGCAGAGCACCUGCGAGGCUGGUACCAGCGGGCCUCCGGGCAGAAGGAGCCGGGCCACAGCGCACAGACUAGCUUUGACUCAGACAGGGGCUCGCAGAGAAGCCUGGGCUUUGCCGGCCUGCAGGUCCCCUGUUCUCCGAGCAGCCGUGCGUCUUCCUACUCCUCAGUGUCUUCCACAAAUGCUUCUGGGAAUUGGAGGACCCAGAUAACCUUAGGGCUAUCCGAAUACGAGAUCCCGGCACAUUCUUCCUACACGAGCUGCUAUAGCAACAUCUAUAAUCCUUUACCCUCUCCAGGCAGACCCUACACAGAGACCAGUCACCUGGACGGCACAGAUGGAAACCUGCUGGAAGACAGCCUGGAGAGUAGUGAGCAGAGACUCUUCUGGCACGAAGACUCCAAACCCGGAACAUUAGUCUGAACUGCGGACGGGCCUCUUGACCAAGCACUGCGCUCUCACACUAGUGUGCCUUGCAAAAUGUGUUCGUCUUCCUGGAAGGCUGUAGGCUUUAGAAACCUGAAGGCAUCCGAGGUGGAAAGGAGGACUCCAUUGGCCCCAGAAGUGAAUCACACACUAGACCGCACAAAGCCCUUGAAUGACAUCCCGCCUUUCCAAGUCCAGAUGCUCACCUAACAGAGCAAGGUGAAGACCACGUGUGAACCUUUGCCGAGGAGGACUUGGCCUUUACCAAGAGCAAGCACUUUGUAAGGGAAUAAAAGUGGUUGGAGGCAGACCUCAAAACUGUGAAAAGUGCAUUCAGGGUCUCCCAAAGGAAAGAAGGACAGGGGAAAUUUCAGAGCACAAUUCAGGAUGAUGAGAGAAGGGAAGCUGGAAGCUCUUUAGUCACUGCUCACCAUCAGAAAGUUUGAAUUUGUGAGCUGGCGAAGAAUUACAUACUAUGUCUACCCAGACAUGAACAAUUCAGACAGUAUUGGAAAAUUACUUGAAGAGAAGCUGGAUUUUUAUGAAGUUCUGAAUGAGUGUAAAUGUUUUUAGGCUGUUAUCAAGAGUGAUGGUUUUCAUAAGCACCACAAAAUGGGUUCUGGAAAGACUUAUGGCUGUCUUGUCCUGUAAUAUAACUAUGGUAGCAGAUUGGGGAAAAUGAAGCAGCCCACUGAGUAACUGACAGACUCUGCUUGGAGAAUUUUCUAAGGUACAAUAUCAUUGAGUUCCUUUUUUUCCUUUCUAUGCCAACGGCAUGAGCUAUGUUCUUCAGGCUGGUAACUCUCCAACAUGGCCAUCAUUGCAAUGGCAGGCUUGAUAUGGAAAGUUUUAUAACCAAGAGUUUGGAAAAGUAUUUUAAGGUGAUACAGAAAGAACCUAACACAAUAUAAAGAAAAACAGCAACAACAAAAAGAAAGACACAAAACCCACAUCAUUUUCUAUGAAUCAUGUGCCUUAAAAUUGUGAACAUUUGAAAAAUAAGCAUAUUGUCUGGAUUCCCCAGGUAGUUCUAAGUCACCAAGUGACAAAAGCAAGAUUACUCAUUAAAAACAAAAACGAAAACCCUCCAAGCUGCAAUAGAUUUAAUUAUGAGGCUAAAACUACCUCAUACUUUCCUUGGAAGAACUAAUUCGCUAUGGUUUAUUGUAGGAUGUUUUGGAGUUUUCGUUUUUUUGUUGUUUUUUUUUUUAAGUAAAUAUUUCCAUAUUCUAGAUGGAUCUUUUUCAUCAUCUUUACUCUGCUUCAGAAUUCCACAGAAGGUGCUCCUUCCCCCUCUUUUAUACAAGUUUCUUGUUCAUAUUGUGAAUAGAGAAGUUUCUGAACAACUUUUUGGGGACAUUUUCUAUCUAUAUUCCAAAGCAUGUAAUAUAUACAUAAAGGUGAUUUGUUAAACUGGUCCUUAGUCAUUUGUAUCAUUAAAAAUGAAGUUUGGGGGGUGGGAUAUUUGAAAAACAAAAAGACAUGCAAACAAAUAACUUAUUCCUUUUUCCAUAUUUGUAUAGCCUUCUAGAAACAGAAAUACCCUUUUGCGUAUUCUUUUACUGUUCUGACUUUUUUAGACCUAUUAUUUUUUUUACAUAGGUCAAUAAAUUGAAGGUGUGCUACUGAAAAUGUUUAUGUAUCUUUCCAUUUAUGUUCAGGGCUCACACAAAGCAAUUGAAAUUGCUCUACUUCAAGUAAUCAGGCUGGUGAAGAUUGCAGAUUUUUAGUGAUAUUAUUACUGUAUUUUAUGGGUUCCAAGAUGGCCAUUUUUUCAUACUUACAUCUUCACAAUCAGGGUGCAUCUUUUGACUACUAACAUGUUAUAGUUGAAUUAGGGAUUUUUUUUCUUUCUUUCUUUCUUAGUGAGAUGUAAAAUAGUGCUGUGUCUUAGAAUGGGUGAAAUACAGUAGUUUAUUGCCUUAUGGAGGAUAACCAUUGCAAAUUUUUAGGCUUCCUAAUCUUACAAAUGUUGUUUAUUUGUAACAAGUCAUUCUUUCUAGUUUUGCAGACUGGCAAACAGGUCUUUUACAUUCAGGAAUAUAUUUCUUCUGUUAUCUUUUAACCCCAUGCAAUGGGGCAAGGGGAGUGGGAAGUGAAAUAUAGGGAGGUUAGUAUUUCUGUACAAGUACUUUACAUGGAAAUAAGGUAUCAUUUAUCCUCCUGUUAAAUGAUAUGCUCAGAAUUGCAGAUAUACCUUGAAAAAAUAAAACUUGGCUCUCGACUGGAAAAAGAAGUUACAGAAAUUGGAAGCACAGUGGGUCUGCUGUAUGAUUUUCCUUUCAUCUUUUUUUGAAAAGCGUUUCCUAACCACAUUAUUGAUAUGCUUAUUAAUAACCAAAAAGUGACAGAGGUAAAUUCUUCAACACAUCAAAUUAAUAUGUUUUUUAUUGCAAAAUAUCAUACCCUCAUAUUAAAAAUCUUAAAUGCAAACAUGAAGCAAAUAUAUAACAUAAAACCACCAUCAUGCCCUAUAACCUAACAUUACUGGAUACAAUUGUUAAUUGUAUAUCAGUUCGGAUUUUUUUCUAUGCCUAUAGUACUUUCUUUAAAAACAGCAUCAUACAACAAGUACACUUUUACAACUUUUUUCAUCAAAACAUGUUGGGCCUCACUUUUUGUCAGUAUAUAUUGAUCUACCUCAUAAAGAUGUAUGUUUUACAAGGUGAAUUGAAAAAAAUUGCCUCACCUUCCUGGAUGUUUAAUUUUUCUCUAUUUGAGAGAAGUAUCCAAGAUCCUUCUUUGUAUUCAUAAAAGCUUUAAUGUUAAGCAAUAAAGAUUCCAGAAUUGUUUUGAA